GAAUGUAUCAAACCUGUAAAAGUGGAAAAAAAACCUGGAAAAGCAGCAGCCAAGAUCAGAAUUGAAGCAGAUGGAAGCUAUUUUCAGAUCAAUCAGGAUGGAGGAGCACAAAAACUGGAAAAGGCUAAAAUCACUCUGAACGACUGUUUAGCUUGCAGUGGCUGCAUUACAUCAGCAGAGAGUGUUUUAAUCACUCAGCAGAGCCACGAAGAGCUCUGCAAAGUGCUGGCUUUUAACAAGACUGCUGCUCCCAAUGAACAGAAAUUGGUGGUGGUUUCUGUUUCACCACAAUCCAGAGCUUCACUAGCUGCAAGAUGUAAAAUGGGUGUUGUGGAAACAGCAAAGAAGUUGACUGCAUUCUUGAAGGGUUUAGGUGUGCACUAUGUAUUUGAUACAACUUUCUCAAGAAACUUCAGCCUGUUGGAGAGCCAACGAGAGUUUGUAAAACGCUUCCGAAAGCAAACAGAAGACAAAAAGGCUUUGCCAAUGUUAGCUUCUGCCUGUCCAGGUUGGAUUUGCUAUGCAGAGAAAACCCAUGGCAGUUUCAUCAUUCCUUAUAUCAGUACUACCAAGUCUCCACAGCAGGUCAUGGGCUCCUUGGUCAAGGGUUAUUUUGCAAAACAAAAGCACUUAACACCUGACCAGCUAUACCAUGUAACAGUAAUGCCCUGUUAUGACAAAAAACUAGAGGCUUCGAGGCCAGACUUUUUCAACCAAGAGUACCAAACUCGUGAUGUGGACUGUGUAAUCACCACAGGAGAAGUGCUAAAGUUGUUGGAACAAGAAGGAGUAUCUCUAUCAGAUGUAGAUCCUGCUCCUUUGGAUACCAUGUUUAGCAGUGCUGCAGAGGAGGAGCUCACCAGCCACUCGGGAGGAGGUUCUGGUGGCUAUCUGGAGCACGUAUACAAGCAUGCAGCCAAGGAGCUCUUUGGAAUCCAAGUGGAUACAAUUCAGUACAAACCUUUAAAAAACAAAGACUUCCAGGAGGUGACACUGGAGAAGGAUGGAGUAGUCCUGCUCCAGUUUGCUUUGGCAUAUGGGUUUCGAAACAUACAGAACUUAGUGCAAAAGCUGAAACGAGGGAAAUCACCUUAUCACUAUGUUGAAGUCAUGGCCUGCCCAUCAGGUUGUUUAAAUGGAGGUGGUCAGAUCAAACUAGAUGGUGAAUCCAGCAAGGACCAGCUUCAGCAAGUUGAGAGGUUGUAUGAGUCUCUGAAGACUGAAAUUCCAGAGAAGAACAGGACUGUGAGUGAACUCUAUGAGCAGUGGUUGGGUGGUGUGGAGUCAGAAAAGGCUGCAGAAGCUUUGCACACAGAGUACCACACAGUGGAGAAAACAAGCACCGGAUUCAACAUCAAAUGGUGAAGAGUGACGCUGUGAAGCCCAGACACGGAUACUCAGUGCCUUUUGAACUCCAUUAUAUUUAAGA